UACCCCCUCCCACCCCCCCGCAGGGCAGUUAUCAGUGGGUGAGUCACGGAACCUUUCCUGGGUGGGGCUGUCUCCUUCCAGCAGCGCAGCAGUGCCGUCAGCCGCUCACCUACCUCCUCUCUCCCGGCCCACUGGCCCUUUAAGGCUCCCUGGGUGGGUGGGUAUUUGGGUGCUAAGUGUCUUCCUCAUUCCGAGGUGUCAGACUUGCCAGCUCCGACUCACUGCCAGACGGGGGUCGCUGCGACUAGUGCCCGGGGAGCGUUGGCAUCGGGGGACGGUGAGUAGAGAAGGCCAAGCCAUGCCCACGUGGAAGCGCUGUUGGGGGCUGCUCCUGGCGCUCCUGGCGUUGCUGCCCUGUUUGCCCUCCGACCUGGUUCCCAGGAUCACAUUCAGGCACGGGGACCCCGGCCGGUCGCUCCUCAGGUUCCGCCUGGAGAAUGUGCACAAUUACGACCAGUUGGUGCUGAGCCCCGAUGAGACCACCCUGUAUGUGGGGGCCCGCGAUAAUAUCCUCUCCCUCGGCAUCCGCACCCGGCCCAUCCGGCUGCUGCACCAGGCACCCUGGCCGGCCAAUGAUUCUUCAAUUACCAGCUGCGUGAACAAGGCAAAGAGCAACAAGACGGAGUGCUUUAACUUCAUCCGGAUCCUGGCCCCAGUGAAUGGCAGCCACCUGUAUACCUGUGGGACCUACGCCUUUAACCCUACCUGCACCUACAUUGAGUUGGACCAUUUCUCAAUGCCCAAGAACCCCAAUGGAACGAUUAUCACAAUGGAUGGAAGAGGCCAGUCACCCUUUGACCCCCAACAUAAUUACACGUCUAUCACCAUAGAUGGGGAACUCUACACGGGAACCAUGAAUAAUUUUCGAGGGAACGAGCCCGUUAUUUUCCGGAACCUGGGCACAAAAGUAAGCCUUAGGACAGAAGGCUCUCACGGUUGGCUGAAUGCGGACGCCGUGUUUGUGGGGUCGUUCAACCCUCAGGGUUCCUCUCCAGACAGCAAGGUCUAUUUCUUCUUCGACGAGACCACCCGGGAAUAUGACUUCUUUGAGAAGAUGACGGUGGCGCGGGUUGCCAGGGUGUGCAAGAACGACGUGGGGGGAGAGAAGGUUCUCCAGAAAAGAUGGACGACGUUCCUGAAAGCCCAACUGACCUGCUCUCUGCAGAAUCACUUUCCUUUCAACAUUCUGCAUCACGUGGCCCUACAGAACCAGCCCGACCCAAACAACAGCAUCUUCUUCGGGGUCUUCCGCACCCAGUGGCAGCUGGGGGGCCGGAGGAGCUCGGCCGUCUGUUUGUACAAACUCAAUGACAUCGAGAAAGUCUUCAACGGGGCCUUCAAGGAGCAGAACAAGGAAUCGUCAAAAUGGAACCGGUAUAUGGGCGUCGUGUCCGACCCGCGUCCCGGCAGUUGCUCAGGGGGCAAAUUCUCAGACACAGACCUGAACUUCAUGAAGGAACAUUUCCUGAUGGACGAGGUGGUGUCGCCCGGUGCCGGCCGGCCUGUGCUGGUCAAACAGAACGUCCAAUACACCAGGAUCGCCCUCGACUCUGUCCAAUCGGUGUCCGGUCUCAACUAUACCGUCAUGUUCCUGGGCACAGAUAAAGGAUUCCUGCACAAAGCGGUGCUCAUGGGUAAUGGCUCGGAGUCGCACAUCAUCGAGGAGAUAGAGCUACUGACCCCCGAGGAGCCGGUGGAGAACAUUCUCCUGGCAGCCAAUGAGGGUGUCCUGUACAUCGGGUACUCAGCUGGGGUGCUCAGGGUGCCACUGGCCAACUGCACCGUGUAUCAGAGCUGCUUCGACUGCAUCUUGGCCCGAGAUCCUUACUGUGCGUGGGAUGGGGCGAGCCAGAGGUGCCGCAGUGUUCGCUCCGAGCAGGACAAAGGGAAAUCCUGGCUCCAGGACAUCGAGAGGGGGAACCCCAAUACCACCUGCUUCAGUAUAGGCACACCCCGAGUUAUGCGCCCCCCCAGCGCCUCAGUCAAAGAGGAGAAUUACAGCAGCUGCUAUAACACCAUCCUGGAGCUGAGGUGCCCCCACCGCUCGGCCCUGGCCACUUACAGCUGGAAGACCCCGGACUUGGCGGCCCCCGAGAUGCAGAUGGUGACGGCGGAGGACGCGCAGGUGAUUAUCGUGCGGGAGGAUACGGAGGGGCUGUACGAGUGUUGGGCCACGGAGAGCAGCUACAGGUACCAGGUGGCCCAUUACUGGGUCCGGCCCGUCAGCUGCCCGGGGAGCGUGGCCCCCAACACCGCCGAGCGGGAUUAUUACAAGCAGUUUGUGGUGGUCACGGUGCUCCUGGUGCUGACGCUGCUCGGCUGCCUGGGCCUCGGCCUCUAUUCUGUCAGGGACAAGCUAAGAGCCAGGAGUAAAAUCCAGGGGUGCAGCACCCCAGAAACCAUCAAGCUGUCCGACUCCAAAGAGAAGAAGCCGCUGAACGGCCUGUGCGACGGGGACGGGGCCAAACCCUGCUGCGUGCCCCUGGGCCGAUCCACCGGCAAAAUGGACCUGGAGAAUAACAGCGUUGCCAUUUCCUAAUAGCCCCCCCUUGGGGUUUGGGGGUCACAUCGCACUGCCACUGGCAUUAUAGGGGGGGCUCUGCCAUCUCCCGUCUAAUCCCAGAUGCCCCCCCCGAGGGCUAAAGGACCAAGGCAUGCUGGGAGCAACGGCAAAACUCUCUCUCUUUGUGAUUUCAUUAAUGUGAAUUCAGCACCCACAACUUUUUUAGGGAUCAUGGGGUGCCCGCCCCUCCGUGGGGUUUUUAAUUGGGUGUUGGUGCCACAACAGACGGACCGUUCCAGAGGGAUGAACUUUUCAUUGUUGUUCCCUUCAUCGAGAUCCGACUCAGUACUGAAAGUAGCUAAGCACUGUUAACCAUUGGCUCGGCGUGACCAAUAUGGCCGCCACUCACUUUGGAGCUCUCGAGGCUGCAGAUUGGAUCACGGAUGGACCGGCGCUGAUUGUUACACACACACGUGUUCCUUUUGCAUCCGACAAGCUGUGUUUUGUACUUAGUGUGAGCAUGUGUGUCCUAUUGUGUGUCUGUACCGGCGGGUGUUUGUUUUACGGGGGUCACACACACCCCUCUAGCAUGGACUCUCCCGGCGGUGUUUGUGUGCUGCGUUCUGUUACCUGUGGAUGGACCUUUGUGUUUCUAAUGUGGAGCCGUCGGGCGGUGGGUCUUCUGCCCGGAACCAUUUCAGUAUUAAACCUGUGAUUUGCUCUUUUUUUAAUUUAUGAGAGUAAAUUGGCUUUUUAAAAGUU